GAUUUAUUCAACACAUGCUUUUUUCAUUGAUGAACAAAUCAUGAGAUAUAUUUGUGCAUUGUUUAUUGUGAGCAUUGUUCAUAUUGUGCAACAUGUUGCGAAAUCAGAAAGUCAACCUGAAUCAAAUGCAAAUGAAUUGAUCGACACAAUGCCAGACGCACAUCCAAUGGCAUUACGUCGAAUACGCAGUGUUGUGCGAAUUAAUAGCAAACGAAAACGGUCAACAAGUCGCUCAAGAAGUUCCACUAAUCGUCGUACCUAUAUAACAAAAAGAACAUCAAGCGCGUUGAAAAAACGCUCGAAAAAAUGCUGCUCGAAACGGAAACACUUAAGACAAAAGAAAAAACGACGACGGAGAAGGAGAAGAAAAUGUACAACAACAAUCGCUUCAACUUUGUCGACAUUAUUGAGUACGGUAGUAGCUUCAUCGAGUGCCUUAGUAACAAGCAGCAGCGGUAGUACAUCCGUUACUGUUUCGGGCUCUACGGGUUCGGGCUCUACGGGUUCGGGCUCUUCGAACAGUUCUAUCAGUGCAGGAGCGAAUGGAACGAAUAAUAUUGUUAUAAACAUUAAUAACGAUAUUUCUAUCAUAAAUAACAACACAAAUAUUAAUAUAAAUACAGCACCGAGUUCAGGCAGUACAGGCAGUACAGGCAGUACAGGCAGUACAAGCACUACAGGCACAACAGGCAGUACAAGCACUACAGGCACAACAGGCAGUACAAGUGGUACAGAAAGUACAAAUGGUGGCGGUGGCGGUGGCGGUGGUAGUGCUACAGCAGAAGGAAAUGCGGAAGCUAGCGGUGAUAAUGCGUCGGCGAAUGCUAGUGCAAAUGCAACAGUUACUGGGUGAUCCACAUAAAAGCAACAUGAUCCCAUCGAAAAUGGAAAAAAAAUAUUAACAUUUCAAAACGUUAAAAAUGCAACCGAAACGAGAAAAAAACAAACAAACAUACAUUUUACAUAACAAGAUUUUCACAAAAAUAACGCUAUCAUACUAAUGUCAUAAAAUGUUUACUUCAUUUCGC